GGUUUGGAACCGUUGUCCAGUUGUGCACUUAUCACCAUGGUCGAUACUCGUAGUGGGAAGAGUACCAUGCCAUAUAGUAUUAAGGCUCAAGAGGAGCAGGCCGCCGCCAUCCUCAGAGAGAGAAGAGAGGAGCUCCUUAGGCAGGCAAAGAUGAAGAUGAUAGCCGAGGAGCAGGCGGCGAAGAAGAAGAAGCUGGAGGAGGAGAUGCAAAGAUUGCAGCAAGAAGAGGAGGAGAAGAUGAGAGCUGCAGUAGAAGAAGAGGUUGAAGAGGAGGAUGAAGAGGAGGAAGAGCAGCCGGACGAAGAGCCCCUCAGAGGAAGAAGAUUGGGGGAAGGAGGAGAGAGCAGUGGCAUGAGGGAAGAUGACCCGUGGGUGGAGAAGAGGAUAAGUGAGUGGGUGGCUAAUUCAUCGCUGGGAGAUGAUGAAGAGGCGAUGCUAUAUAUACCUCAGGAGGAGAAGGAAGCAGCACUCAGGGAGAUCGAGGCAACGAGCGAUCCCCUAGAACGCCAGGCCAUAGAGAAUGAGAAGAGGUUGGACUGGAAGUUACGCCUGGCAAGGGAGAAGAAGAGGAGGGCGGAGGAAGCCAACAAGAUUGCCAGAGAGGUCGAAAGUCUACAGACGUGUAGACAGGAAGUAGAGGCCCAGCCUGAUGUUCAUGCUAAGUUAGACAAGAUCCUUGGGAGCAUCGAGCUCCUAGGUAGGGCCUGGACUGAGCAUCAUCAUUCUGUUAGGGGCCAAGAAAUGGCCCUCCACUCCAUCCGUUCUGGUUUUAGGGACUUCACGCGCGAUGUAAUGACUCAUGUCGGGACCGAAGUAAAAAAGUUAAGGGACGGCACAAAGAAAUUCUGCGCAGGCGCCAUUGAAGGCGCCAAAGUAGUGGUCGCUGCAGAGAGUGAAGGGCGCCCCCGCAAAAAGCCUGUCAAGCUCAAGUUUCCUGACUCUUAUGGCGGGAAAAAGGACGAAAACUUUGAUAACUGGGAGGCCAAUAUCAACACGUACGUGUACUUGCAGCAUAUUGCGCCAGAGGAACAAGUCCUCGUGACCUUCCAUGCGUUAAAAGAUGAAGCGGCCAGUUUUGCCAGGUCCUUCGCGCGCGCAGCCGAUUGUGAACACAAUAUGGUUGCGUAAUCUAAACUCACCCGCCUUCACACCUUCCUCAAACUCCUGAAAGAGAGGUUCGCUGACGUCACACGAGGCGUCAGGGCCUCUGACAAACUGCAGACAAUUCACUCACGACAGUGGAAGAGUGCGAGAGCACUCAAAGC